UUUUUUUUUUUUUUUACUUCUUUUUUUCUUUGUUUCUUUAUUUACCCUUCGUAGUCAUGAAUUACUAUGAUGCGGAUACUGAAGAAGAAUUAAACGAAUCUAUAAGGAAUAUGGAUGACUCUUCUUCUUCUUCUUUUUUUCUUCAACAUAUACUACAACACCAACAACAACAACAACAGCAACAACAACAAGAACAACAGAUAAGGUUUCAGAACACAAAUAUGGCUGGUGUUUACCUUUCUUUAGACUCCAUUUUGAAUGACGAUAGUAGUGAAGAUUCUGAUUAUUCCCUUGACUAUGAAUAUCUUGGACCACGACAACCUAUUUAUCGGGAUCGCAAUGACGCUGACAGUGAUGCAUCAGAACUCUCGUGUAAUGAUGAUAUUUCUGAACAAGACCCUGAUACUAUGUCAUAUAAUGCUGGUUUUGAUAUGUGGGAUGAAGAUCCAUAUAGUACAAAUGACUUUACCUGGCAAUCCAAUGAUAUGCGACUAACUCACUUUAUCAAAAUAAAACAAAAACGUCUCUUACGAACUGACCUGAUAGCUCCUUGGUGUUCAAGUCCCAGUUUUUGGCGAAAAGAAAAAGGUUGGCCAAGGCAAUUACGUUAUUCUUCAACUACAACUAAUCAUGAUCAAUCUGCCAAUGCAUUAUGUCUUGUUUCAACAAAUUAUGCUUGUGGUGAACAACUUUUUGGAAUAUAUCGGAAUCGCAUUGUUGAAUGUGGUCGUCCCUGGUCUUCUCCUCUUUCACCUUCAACUCAGCUCAGGAUGAAACCAAUGAUUAGUGAUGCUAGCAAACGUAGUACUACAUGGAUAGGCAGUGAUAUUACAACAACCUUACCUGGAAGCUCCACCAAUACAACUUAUACAACAUCACUACCACAACAGCUUUCAGCAUCGUCAUCGACUUCCUCAGAUGGUUCCAAGUUUUGCUCUACUCAUAUCUCCAUCUCUUUAAGAAGAUCUUCCUCUUCGUCCACCUCAUCCAAUGCACUGUUACCAACAACUAGAUAUGAAAGUAUGGGAGAUGAUGAUGAUGCUCUAUCAACAACCUCAACCUCUUGUAUCUCCAAGUUUGUUCCCUUUACCAAGUACCUCAAACGAUCUGAAUUUACUCCUCCUCCAGGACAACAACAUGCUUACGUUUCUCUUGGUUUUGAACCUUUAUGUUUGGAAAAAAAAUACGGCUAUAUGGCUAUUGGUGGUCUUGAAGGUGAAUUUGAACUUUAUUGCUGUAUGGACAAAGAUCAUCCGGUCAAGAUAUGGGGUACGGUAUUCAAAGGACGGGAUAAUAUUAUGUUGAUGACCAAUGCUAUCCAAAUUGUACGAUGGAAACGAUCUCUUUCGAAUGCGGACUCAUCACAUGAAACAAAUACAUCAACAAAUACCACCGACAAACCACUGGAAGACGAUGGCAACAACAACUAUGCGGAUGGAUACGAUUACUUUUUAUUUGCUUGCAUGAACGAGGCUGGGAUCCUUGUCUAUAAAUUACCAUCACAUCAUCAAUGUCUUAUGAAUCAACAUCAACAUUGUGGACCUACCUCAUUGAACAGUACCACGACAGCUCAACUAUAUGCACAUCUACAGUCUUUUGAUCAUGUUCCUAUCAAUGAUGCCAAGGUCAGUCCUGAUGGAACUAAAAUGGUGUGUGUGGGUGAUGAUGGUUUUAUUUUUAUGGUGAACAUCAACCAUCAUCAACACUCGGCAAACGUGGCUCCUUCUUUCUAUCAAUCAUGUUCCAAGUCUGGUGAUCCAAUGGAUACAUUAUCUACGGAUAAUCGUGUGGUGACUUUUAGCCCUCCUGUGAAAUUGAAGAUUCCAGCAAGUUUACUCCAGCCACCUUCCUCCUCGACAGAAACAACGCGAUCAUCAUCAUCAUCAUCAUCGGAAAAUAUUGAAGUAGAAGAGCAUGCUCAAUCCUUCAACGAUACUGACAAUGGAAAUGAACGUGACAAUGACAUUUAUCGCUCUCGUACACCUUACUCUUCUCAGCAUGUUGUUUGGAAUCACUCAUCAGAAUAUUUUGCACAUACAUCAGAUACCCAUCAUCGUGUCUUGGUCUGGCGUGCUUCGACCCUCGAUAUUGUAUAUUCUAUUGAUGCUGCUGGCUACACUUAUGCGAUCAAGUUUCAUCCUUUUCUUGAUGGUGUUUUAGCAUUUACCAAUCGAUAUGGCUAUUUUCACACUGUGGAUCUCAAUCAAGUUUUUGACAAGACAUCGACGACGAUGACAGAUGAACAAGGCAGCAACAGUAAUGAUUGUAAUGAUACACCAAGCAAGGACAACAGCGGAUCGGUAGAAAGCAUAUUUGAUUUUGGACGGCAAACAACCACUUACCGGGGUCAUACUUGCAAUCGCUAUUGUGACAACAAUGGAAACAACAAAGCAGCAAACACAUCAUCAUCAUCAUCAUCAUUCACCGACUCAAAUGAAAGUGUAUAUCAUGAUCAUCCUGGUCACCAUACUCAUCAUCUUACAGCUCGACAUGAAAUGACCAUGGUAGCAUUCCGAGGUGAAAAGGAUCGAGGAUUACGUAUAUUGGCGAAAAUCAAUGGAAUACAAUGGUCGCAAGAUGGAUGUUAUUUGUAUGUGGCUACAAAGAAACGAGUAUUGGCAUAUGAAUUUAUCUCUUGGUCACAACAACAUGUGCGCAGUUUGUUUGGUUUGGCAGGGCAAAAAAUCAGGCAUCUAUUGGAAAAACAACAUGAACGAAAAAAACAUCAUCAUCAACGGAAACGAAAGAACAAGAUGUUUGUUACUCACAAUGAAAGGAAGAAACGGCUGGGUCACCCUUGGAAUGAUGUUCAUCCUAGUAUGACGACUUCACAGCAUCCAUUCGAUAAGAAUGAAAAAUGGUUUCGACAAUGGUCAAGCGUGCCGCUGCAUAUUCGACAACAAGUUUUGAAGGAAUCAGAUCUUUCGACUCACUGGUGAUUUCUUUAUUUUACUAUUUAUUUAUUUAGUUUGAUCAAUCAUAUGUUUCUUAGUGUUAUAUCUCCCUUUAUAUCCUUUAUUCUAUAUUUCCUUUUUCAUUCAUUAUACUUAUAUAUUAU